GAAUCUCUUUCAAAUACGGGUGUAUGUCUUUUAAAGAGGAGUUUGAGAAGUUCUAUGCGGAGUAUGAACGGUUGACUAAGGAAAACCAGGAUCUACUUGAGCAGAACGAGAAACUUCGACACCAAGCUCAUGAACAGAAACUAGAGUUUGAAAACAUUCUCAUCCAAACCAAGAGAUCAUAUAAAGCACAGUAUCGCAAACACGUCAAGAAAUAUGAAAUGAAGAUCGAGGAUCUCACAGAGCGCCUUCGGCGACUUAUGAGGACCAACAGUAAUAAGGAGAAUAAUGGUAAUGAUAUAGUUGCGUUUCACGAUAUCAGAAUCAAUGGGAAGAGCGGCAGCACUGAGGUUGCAAAAACGGUGCCGACCGCACCCUUGCCAUUAUUAGCAGUACCCCAGUUGAAGCUGACACCCGAUCCAAAAUUCAUGGAACCUUCCUCACGAACCACCAAACCUGUGGUGGUGAUGUCAAGUCCAGUGAAGUCAGACUUCGAUGUUUUACCUACACAAUACUCAUCAGAACCUGAGUCUCAGGUGGCUUCCGCCACCCUUGAUGCCGAUUUCACACCGCUUCAAGAGCUUACUCCUUUACAAAGAAAAGAAUGGCUUUCGAAUUACUUUACCAGCAAAUACUAUAAUGACCCCCACUUCCGAAUAGAUUUAUCCCGCAAUCCUAUCACCCAAAUCGAAUGGGUUCUUAACGACUUUGAAACGGUUGAUGAAGGAGACGAUACCCCACCAUUUAUGUUCAUUAAAGACAAUACCUCCCAGGAGGAUAGGAUCAAACACGAACAAUAUGAGCUUCGACGUCGUUCAUUAAUUGACCGAUGCUUCCGCCAGUGCCUUGAGGGACAAAACCGGUUCACGGCCCAUAUACUCAACAAAUUUACUAAAAGUGGACGAUAUGAAGCAAGGUAACCGAGUGAUGCGUGGGUAAUAAAUCGUGCCGAUAAUAGGCACACCUCUCCUAAUUUACCUCAACGUUAGUCUGGACACAUCGGGUUAAAUGGAACAACCCUUGUCCUCGCACGCUUUGUUUCGUUUAACAAUAAACCAUCUUCUGGAGCUUUACACUACUAGCAAAACCUAGCAAUCUAGGAAAAAAAACAAAUUAAUAAAAAAAACUCAGGUGGAACCCUGCCUGCAACACCGGCCGUGAGACGUACGUUCUUGCCAGAUGUAAAUCAUCAAGGGGAAAAGCACCCCUUUUUCAUUAUUGGCUGGUGUGAAGUACAGCAAGAAUAAGUAUGAAAGGCAAAUUGGAAACGUAAAAAAAUUCCAUAUCCAGUUGUAACUUCGUACCGGGCGAUAACCGAUUAUGACCCAAGUUAAAACUGCAAAAUUUCCAGUUGUUUAAGGCUAGGCACUGCGGAUUUCUUUUUUACCUAUUUCAAUACCCGGCUCUGGUAUUGAAUCGGGGUUUGGGGCUUUGUUACAUGUCAUGACCUUAUUAGAGUCUUGAUAGCCAUGGGGAGAUCCCGUUGGCAAUUGGGUGAAAACUUACACCCUGAUAAUUCAUGGUGUUUUCCCCACCGUGAGUUUAAUUCAGAGGCCGCAACAUAUAAAAUGAUGAAACCAGUAACCACAUGUAUAGUUAGUGCAUAUUGGAGUGGCCAAGGCUCCGUUUUUUAAUCCUACUCCUUUUCGUUGGUAUUUGUAUUACGUGUUUUUGGAGAUGGCAAUGCUCACUGCUAUACGAGCCCAGGAUAAUGGAGCAGGUGCAAAAAUAGCAGGAAUCCAAAAAUUUACUUUUACCGUGCAAUCAGGAUAUUUCUCAAAACGCAAAUAGUAACAAAAACAAGAAGGGGGACAUAAGAUUAGAAUCAAGAGAGUCUUAUAAAGUCUUGGUUAAGCUAAAUAGUUGUAUAAGUCUAAUGGGUGGCUUCAAAAUGUCAAAUUUGACCACAAACAACCUUAUAAAAAAGAUUGUUUCUACAGCUAAUACAAGUCCUG